AUGGACCAUUACCCAGCGAUUUUCAAGUUAGUCAAAAAUAAAAACGCCUCUGUCGCUGAAUUUUGGUCGGGAGCCGACAAUGGUUCUUCGUGGAUUUGGGACUGGAGUAUUCUUCCUUCCACAUCCGAGGAAUGGAGUCAGCUCCUUUCCUUGUUUAACAGGCUGCAAGAGACGUCUCUUACUAAUGACAAGGAUGCUUGGUUCUGGGCAAAUGAUAGAGGUGACUCUUUCUCGGUUAAGGAUCUCAGGAGUGAGAUUGUUUCCGCCGGAAUCGUGAUCGAUAAUGGGGUUGGGAAUUUUAUUUGGAACCCGUGGGCUACUCCUAAAGCUAAUUACCUGUUAUGGCGUGCUUUACUGGGAAAGGUGGCGUCUAAAAUGGGUUUAGUCUCUAGAGGCGUCGGCCUCCCCGAUACUCUGUGCCCAAGAUGUGGUAUUUCGGAUGAAGACCCAAACCAUAUAUUCGCUAAUUGUAUAUGGUCUAGGAGCCUGUGGUGGAACGUUUUUGUCUGGCUUCGCCUAAAGCCGCCCCCCGAGUUUGCAAGACUGGAUAAUAUUUUGGAAGAUUUACAAAAUAACCCGGGAUGUAAGAAGUGGAAGAGAAUUGUUUAUACGGUCGCAUCGGCUACAACUUGGAGGAUCUGGUUAGCAAGAAAUUCCAAAGUUUUUGAAAACACCUUUAUUCCGGUCAAAAAGAUUAUGGACCAGAUUAAAGAGGAUGCCUAUCUCUGGAUUUGCAACAGGGCUAACGUUAGGGAGCUCUCUUGGGAGAAGUGGGUUAGUUUUGAUGUAGCGGACAUGUUAUAA